AGGACAGGAAGAUGUCACCCAAGCGCAUAGCUAAAAGAAGGUCCCCCCCAGCAGAUGCCAUCCCCAAAAGCAAGAAGGUGAAGGACGCGAGGGCCGCUGCCUCCCGCCGCAUUCCUGGCGCCCGCUCCUGCCAAGGUGCCUGCGGGCCGAGCCCUCCUGACCAGAAAACCCGACCAGUCUCACACAGGUCCCACAGCACAGAACCCGGCUUGGUGCUGACACUAGGCCAGGGCGAUGUGGGCCAGCUGGGGCUGGGUGAGAAUGUGAUGGAGAGGAAGAAGCCGGCCCUGGUAUCCAUUCCAGAGGAUGUUGUGCAGGCUGAGGCUGGGGGCAUGCACACCGUGUGUCUAAGCAAAAGUGGCCAGGUCUAUUCCUUCGGCUGCAAUGAUGAGGGUGCCCUGGGAAGGGACACAUCAGUGGAGGGCUCGGAGAUGAUCCCUGGGAAAGUGGAGCUGCAAGAGAAGGUGGUACAGGUGUCAGCAGGAGACAGUCACACAGCAGCCCUCACCGAGGAUGGCCGUGUCUUCCUCUGGGGCUCCUUCCGGGACAAUAACGGUGUGAUUGGGCUGUUGGAGCCCAUGAAGAAGAGCAUGGUGCCAGUGCAGGUGCAGCUGGACGUGCCUGUGGUAAAGGUGGCCUCAGGAAACGACCACUUGGUGAUGCUGACAGCUGGUGGUGACCUCUACACCUUGGGCUGCGGGGAACAGGGCCAGCUAGGCCGUGUGCCUGAGUUAUUUGCCAACCGUGGUGGCCGGCAAGGUCUUGAACGACUCCUGGUCCCCAAGUGUGUGAUGCUGAAAUCCAGGGGAAGCCGGGGCCACGUGAGAUUCCAGGAUGCCUUUUGUGGUGCCUAUUUCACCUUUGCCAUCUCCCACGAGGGCCACGUGUACGGCUUUGGCCUCUCCAACUACCAUCAGCUUGGAACUCCGGGCACAGAAUCUUGCUUCAUACCCCAGAACCUAACAUCCUUUAAGAAUUCCACCAAGUCCUGGGUGGGCUUCUCUGGUGGCCAGCACCAUACAGUCUGCAUGGAUUCAGAAGGAAAAGCAUACAGCCUGGGCCGGGCUGAGUAUGGGCGGCUGGGCCUUGGGGAGGGUGCUGAGGAGAAGAGCAUACCCACCCUCAUCUCCAGGCUGCCUGCUGUCUCCUCAGUGGCUUGUGGGGCCUCUGUGGGGUAUGCUGUGACCAAGGAUGGUCGUGUUUUCGCCUGGGGCAUGGGCACCAACUACCAGCUGGGCACAGGGCAGGAUGAGGAUGCCUGGAGCCCUGUGGAGAUGACGGGCAAACAGCUGGAGAACCGUGUGGUCUUAUCUGUGUCCAGCGGGGGCCAGUGCCAGCCAGCUGUCAGUGUGACUAACAAAGGCUUCAAAUCUGUCAAGAAGGAAGAAAAAAGUUGA